AUGGCAUUCCUUUGGCUCUUGUCAUGCCUUGCCCUGCUUGGGGGUACACUUGGCUGUGGUGUGCCAAGUAUCAAACCUGUUAUUACUGGCUAUGCAAGAAUUGUGAACGGUGAGAAUGCCGUUUCUGGUUCCUGGCCAUGGCAAGUGUCUCUUCAGGACUACACUGGAUUUCACUUCUGUGGUGGUUCUCUGAUCAACAGUCUCUGGGUUGUCACUGCUGCCCACUGUGGAGUCACAACCUCCCACCGUGUAAUUCUGGGUGAAUUUGACCGUUCCUCCUCUGCUGAGCCUAUUCAAACCAAGACCAUUUCCAGGGUCUUCAGACACCCCAGCUACAACUCCUUUACCAUUGCAAAUGAUAUCACUCUCCUGAAGCUCACCAGUGCUGCUACAUUCAACAGCCGGGUCUCCCCUGUGUGCGUUGCUGCUGGUGUUGAUGUAUUCAAUGGAGGAGAGAGAUGUGUUACUACUGGAUGGGGCUAUGUAAAUGCUGCAUCACAAGUAACUCCAAGCAAACUGCAGCAGGUCGCUCUGCCUCUUUUGACCACUACUGACUAUGCCUUGCUGAUGUUCCGGUUUCCCCCCGCAAGACCACCACAGUCCACAAGGUGUUUAAACCUGAAGUGA